UGCGGAGUAGGCGAAUCAAGUAGCACAAUACGCGGGGAGCAGACCGAAUCCGCAACAGGAUAUUUCACAGUCUUCUUCUUGUUUGAGUGUCUUUUCACGUCCUUGCAUUUCAUCACAUCUGUCCGACGCUGGACCCCACCGAUUCCUGACCGCAAAAACUACACUUAGGGGUCCCUCUAAUCUAAUCGUCAGGUCCUUUGCGCGCCUGGUGGCUCGCUCUUCCUCCCUUCUCUCCUCCUCUUUCUCCUCCUGCUACUCGUGUCUUCUCUUGACUCCAUCUCCUGCUGGACGAUUUCAUUUUGUAAAGUCAUUAUCCCCAGAAAGGUCAAAGCCUCCGCUUCCUGGAACCUCGUUUUGCUCUGGGAUAAGCUUGAGAGUCGCCGUGCUUUCUGAAAGUUUGUCAUUGGCAUAGAACCGCAAAGGCUGCUUCGGCUGUCCGUGUUGUUGCCUUUCUUUGCAAAUCACUGUUACCUGUUUUCGGAGCCCCGCACGUGCAUUGUUUUUUUUUUUUUUUCAUCUUUCUCUGUGGAGUGGCUGUUGAACACUGAAAUGAGUUUCGUUGCCAUUCCUAUUACUGAUAACGCUGAGAUUCUGCAAGAGAAUGGGACAUACUGAGUUGAACUUUAAGUGUUGUUCCAAACCUUGGCGUUUGGGGGGCAUUGAGGUGAUGCAGGUCCCUCGGUUAUCCCAGUGGACGAGCCAGCUAAUGACGGGUGCAUUUGUCUGCUGAACGUCCCCCAUCACCGCCAGUCUCCAUCCCUCCUUCCCUCCCUUCCGCUCUCUUUCGCUGAUGGCUCUAUGGGGCAUCAUCAGCCUCAGCCUUCAUUGCUGGGUGUGUUUACGACCCUGCGUGACAGCAACAGCUGCUCCAGCCAGCCUCCCUAAUGACAAACCCGGGGGACCUCUCGACUGGCUCCUUUCAGAUAAGGGGCCGUUCCACCAUUCCCCAGAGUACAUCGACUUUGUGGAGAAGAACCGGCAGGGCUUCUCCACCAGAUACAAAAUAUACAGGGAGUUUGGGCGAUGGAAGGUGAACAACCUUGCAGUGGAGAGAAGAGAUUUCCUGGAGUCACAGUUACCCUUAACCCCAGAGUUCAUCAGAAACAUUCGUCUUCUGGGCCGCAGACCUACAACCCAAAUGAUCACUGAUAAUCUGAUCAAGAAGUACGGGACUCACUUCUUAUUAACAGCAACACUUGGAGGGGAAGAGGCCCUCACAAUAUUUGUGGACAAAAGGAAGCUGAGUAAGAAAGCAGAGGUGAGCGAUUUCUCUGGUAACUCCUCUACUGUGACUCUGGAAGCUCUGCACCAGCUCGCCGCUUCUUACUUCAUUGACAGGGAGAGCACUCUGCGCAAACUGCACCACAUCCAGAUUGCCUCCACUGCCAUAAAGGUGACUGAGACGCGAACAGGCCCUCUCGGGUGUAGUAACUAUGACAACCUUGACUCCGUCAGUUCUGUCCUCGUUCAGAGUCCUGAAAAUAAAGUCCAGCUGCAAGGCUUGCAAGUGAUCCUACCAGACUAUCUGAGAGAAAGUUUUGUGCAGGCUGCUCUCAGCUACAUAGCCUGCAAUGGAGAGGGCGAGUUUGUCUGCAAGGACAAUGAUUGCUGGUGCAACUGUGAUCCCAAGUUUCCAGAGUGCAACUGCCCCUACAUGGACAUCCAAGCCAUGGAGGAGAGCCUGGAGAGAAUAACAGAGACAUGGGGGUUGCUUUAUAAAGAAUUUGAAGAAUCAGAUGAAUUUAAAGCCUUCUACACCAGACUGCCACAGAGCUACUUCCUGAAUGUGUCAUCUAUUCAACACUUGUGGUCCUUGGACAGCCUGUUCCAGUGGCGGUAUGAGCAGCUUGAGAACAGCAUGCGGGUCCUCUCCAAACGAGCCCAAAGAGUUAUUUUCAAGCUCUUCAGUCUCAGUAAAAGAUGUCACAGACAACCUCAAAUUCGGAUACCAAGAGAGCGGCCUCACUCCUACUGGCUAGGACAUAUCCAGUCCCUCCUGUACUGCUCAGAGAACAACCAACUUGGAACAUUCUCCGAGGAGCUUCACAGCUGCAGCUGCCGAUAUGAACACAGCCCCUGUCAGUCGCCACCCUGCUCUGUUGGCGAAGGCUCAGCCUGUGCAGUGUGUGCACCAGACAACCACACCCGAUGUGGAAGCUGUAACCCAGGAUUUGCCUUGAUGCAAGGGGCUUGCAGAGCUAUGGUGGCAGACUCCACAGAGAACUACCUGGGCUUUGAGACGGACCUCCAAGAUUUGGAGUUAGGCUACCUACUGCAGAGAGCAGACCGCAGGCUUGAGGUUCAUGCUAUUUUCAUCAGCAAUGACAUGAGACUGAACAGCUGGUUUGACCCGUCAUGGAGGAAGAGGAUGCUGUUGACGCUAAAGAGCAACAAAUAUAAAACCAACAUGGUUCAUAUGCUGCUUGGAAUAUCCCUUCAAGUUUGCCUUACAAAGAACAGUACCCUGGAGCCCGCUCUCACUCUUUAUAUUAACCCUUUUGGUGGGAGCCACUCAGAGAGCUGGUACAUCCCCGUCAAUGAGAAUGGUUUUCCAGAUUGGAAGGCCACUAAAUUGGACCUACCCUUCGAGUGUUACAACUGGACUUUGACCUUGGGUAACAAGUGGAAGACAUUCUUUGAAACUAUCCACAUCUACCUUCGGAGCCGGAUAAAGACUCAGGAUGGAGCAAAUGACAGUGUUUAUUAUGAACCUGCUGAAAUUACUGAUCCUGCUCAGAGCCUGGGUUACAUGAAGAUAAACAGCAUCCAAGUGUUUGGCUACAGUAUGCACUUUGACCCAGAGGCAAUUCGUGACUUGAUCCUCCAACUGGACUACCCUUACACACAGGGCUCCCAGGACACGGCCAUCCUUCAACUCUUGGAAAUACGAGAUCGCGUGAAUCGCCUUUCCCCUGCAGGCCAACAAAAGAUGGACCUGUUCGCCUGUCUCCUCCGCCACAGGCUCAAACUCACUCCCAGUGAGGUGGUUCGCAUUUUUGCCUCCUUGCAGGCCUUCAGCGCACGUUUACCUAAUUCAGUGGAAUAUGAGACCACCAAGCUGUGCAGUUAACAGCUGGUUGAAAACUCAAUUGUAAAUUGUGUACAAGGAAAACUUUUUGAGUCCUUGAUACAGAUGCAUACACAUGUGCUUUGUCUCUAUUAAUUAUGAAACUCUAUGGUUAAUCAUGAGGCAACCAGCCAUGGACAGCUGAAGAAUGUACUGGACAAUGCCCAUUUCAGUGCCAUGUGAAAAAAUGGGCUGAAUCUUUGAGAAAAUGCACAACUGUUUCUCAAAAUAAUAUUUCUGCUGUAGAAACUCAGAAACCACUGCAUACAGCUGAACCAUCCUGUUUCAAUAUGAUUCUGCUCAUUUAUACUGUAAGUACCAAUGCUAAAUGAAUAGACAUUUUAUGGUUAAAAUGGUACUCUCUGUUUGUUUGUAUUUUUAUAUGUUUCUUUGCUUUAGUGACUGUGCACUUUCCAUGACUUGAAGAUUGCAGUGGUGUAAAACAAGAUUUUGUAGAUAAAUUGAUAUUAAAGACAUCAUGUUAUAACAGAGUUGAUCCACUGAAAAGUUGAGAAUUUCUUUCAAUGCCACAAAACAAGUAUCAUUUCCUUUUGUCUGAUUAACUUUGGCUUUUCUAAGUGAGGAGUAUACUUAAAUGCCUCUAAAACAGAGAAAAAAACACCCUGAACAAGAAGAUACAUUUACUAACCUCUUUAUCAGGUACACAUUGCUAGUACUGUUGUCCUGUAUGGCAAGAUGUUGAAAACAUUCCUCAGAUUUGGGAUCAUAUCAACAUAGUGGUGCAGCACAGUUACUGUGUCAUCUGGACAUCCAGGAUGCAAAGCUUCCAUCCCAUUACAUCCCAGAAGUGUUCUGUUGGAUUGGGAUUUAGUAUCUUUUUAGAGUUCUGAAGAAUAAUGAAUACACAGAAACAAAACAGUUUCAGAUUUCUUAGUUGAGCUUUUCCAUUCGGUCUUCUUUUUGGCUACAUGCAGUAUGAGCAUGACAUGAUCAGCACCAAUACCGAGCUAAGUAGUAAUAUUUUAACUGGGAAUCCCCAACUGCCAGACCCCAGCUGGUACCAUGCUUAUAUCGAUACCUGAGUCCAGAGUAAUGAAUGUGUAAUCAUUUUUGUGUCCCAUUUUCCAUCGCAUUCUGACCCAAUGGUACACUACAAUAUUUGGGAGGAAAAGUAUGACCCAUGGAAAGCAAAAACUGAACAGUCCGUUCCUAUGAAUGAUGCACAUUAACACCUCUUAGCCAAAAUCAGACUGAAUGUUGCAGCUUACAUUGAAACUCAUAGGACCAGGCAACAUCCAGUUGUUGUUUUUUUAUAUUACGUAUUUUAGAUGAUAGACUGAAUUGUUGCCUUGGUUCCUUUUCUUUGGCAGCCAUAGUAGCACCCUGUGAGGUCUUCUGUUGUAAUCUGCUUCAUGGUUCAAUGUGUUGCACAACUGAAGAUGAUGCUCUUAAAAUCUCACUUGUCAAAAGUGCUUUUUUUAAACUUUUUGAGUCUUUCUCUCUUAACACAAGAGAUGGUUGUGGGUCAAAAUCAAAGUAUAAAUCGUGCGUAUACAUCAAUAUCCCACUCUCUGAUUCAAGAAUACAAUUUAGAGAUAUAUAUCCCUUUUUCGGAAAUGUUAUUUUUCAGUGUUGUGAAACAUAACACAGCAGGUUUCAUCAUCAUAAAGGCUUGGAGAUAAAUAUAAGCUGCUCAAACAGCUUUGACUAGAAGAAGCCCAUAGUUAUGGUAUUUGAAUUCAUUUUAUUUAAGUUAUUUUAUUUAAUUUAAGUUAUGUUUCCCGGUGAUUUAAACUUUUCAAUACAAUCUUUUAGGGGUUAAUAAUGCAGUGGGUUUUACAUUGUCUAUUCUGAAGGAAGGAACAGUAAAAAAAAAAAAAAAUGUAUUCUUGCUUUCCAGUCAAGCAUUCAGUUGAAUGGGCUGUAUGUUAUGAAUAAGGGCUGACUGAAUGUGUUUUAGUUCAGUUUUCCAUUUUUCUUAUCUUUUCUGUUUUUGAAGAAGUACAAAGAAUUUGCAAUAAUGCAGUGUUUUUUUUUUCUGUUUUGUUGUGAACAUUUUUAACUCCCUUAUGCAAACACAUAUGGUUGGGUAGUGAGCUGUAAGCUCUGUCAAGCAGCCACGAGUGCACAGCACUGAGCUGUGGUUAAACAGAUCCAGUAUAGACACUGACAGAGGACAGUAGCUGCUGCUAUUGUACUGCUGACAUGCAACUUCAGCAGUGUGUCCACUUUUAGAACAAAUACAAAUUAGCUCAGACAGCAUGCUGCAUUUCUGUUCCACUCAAAUGCAAAGCAACCCAUUACCAAACCAUGCUUGCACAAAAUGGCUUUAUGUGGCUGUGUCACCUUGUCAAAGUAUUCUGAGAAGAAGGAGCAAAGCAAAGUGCUCUAUUUUUAAUCAGUGUCAUUAUCCUGCACUCAAUGUUGUUUGUUUGUGUAAUUAAAUUCGUUCAUGGCCACAAAAUUUCCAUAACUUGGAUGUUUUCUUAAAACUAUAUUUAAAAUAACCACAACCCCUUUUAACAAUGUAAAUAUGAAGUGGAGUUAUUUCUUAUAUUACCUGGGCUUUGCAGAACUCUGCAGGUUAUUUGUACAGUUUUUGCAUCAUCAAUUUUGCAACUUGUCAUGUUCCAAGUUUGGUCCAAGCCUUUGGAACUUUGGGACAGUCAUCUCAUAUGUUUUUCAUAUGCGAGAGGGAUGAUGUUAACAUAAAAUCCCGUAUGAUGUUUUAUUUGCCCAUAAAUACAGUUGACUCGCCUUGGUUGUUUUAUGUUGUGGCAGCAGGGCCUGCUGUUGAUAGCUGCUGAAUAUAACUACUAAUGUAACUUGCAAUGUAACUUAGUUACUUUUACAAUGAAAUAGUCAUUAAAGUAACUAACUUAGUUUUUCAAGGAGAAAUGAGUGAUCAGAAAUCUUUUGCAAAGUAACUGCAUGAUUACUGCUUGUCAUAUUAAUUGUUGAGGUUUUUAAAGCAUUUGAUCUUGCUCUUGUUUGCUGUGAUUUUGUUGGGGGUUUUGGCAGUUUAAAACACAAUAGGGUAUAAUUGGAAACUGUUCACAAACAUGAGGUGCAUGAAGUAUGACCUGCUGGACUGAAAGAGACCACAUUUCAAAAUAAUUAAGCAAGCUAUACAGCUGUGUAUAUCAGCUGUUUUUCUUGCUGUUAUAUACAGCAAGAAGAAAUUUAAAAAGACUUGAGGAGAGGUCUUAAUUUUAUAAAUUUACUUUCAAGACCAUUUAAACUGCAGCAUAAUUCACUUCUUACAAGUGACAAUGGAGUCUUUAAAGCAAAUCUAUUUUUAUUUCUGUCAGUCAAUUCUAAAUAGCAUAACAGCAAGACUGCAGUAGUGUUCUUUUAGCUUUAUUCUUACUAAUUUGAAAAAAUAACUAAUUUCUGAGUUUCCCAAAGUAAUCCAUAACUCACAUAGAGGGUAAACCAUUUGACAUUUUGUUGCAGCAAGACUUUAUUAAUUUUGAAUGCUGAAAAGUCACAGGUUUUAAAUUAAAUUUUGCAGCCCUAUGUUUAGUUUUACAGGUUUGCUUUUGAAUGUUCAGUUCUCUCUUUGAGUUCAAUCUUA